AUUUGCCGGUCUCGUCUGAUAUAAUUUUUGACUAUAAUUACGAGUGUUUAUUUAUUUUUGGCUGCGUGAAUAGAUACGGCAGAAACGGCUUUAUUUUGGCGCUCUUGCCAUCAAUUGUGAAGUUUUUUUCUCUUAGAUUUCCGACGAAAAGCUUUUAAUCUAAAAAAAUGCCGUGUGAGAUGAUAACUCUGCAACUUGGCCAAUGCGGCAAUCAAAUUGGAUUUGAAUUUUGGAAAAGACUAUGUGCGGAGCAUGGUAUUAGUCCAGAAGGAAUUUUGGAAGAUUAUGCAACAGAAGGAAUGGAUAGGAAGGAUGUUUUUUUUUAUCAGUCAGAUGAUGAGCAUUAUAUACCACGAGCUGUUUUAUUAGAUUUAGAACCAAGAGUAAUUCAUACUAUCAUGAAUUCUCCAUACUCGAAGCUGUAUAAUCCUGAAAAUAUCUAUUUAUCAAAACACGGUGGUGGUGCUGGAAAUAACUGGGCAUCUGGAUACCAUCAGGGUGAAAAAUUACAGGAAGAAAUUUUUGAUAUUUUAGAUAGAGAAGCUGAUGGUAGUGAUAGCUUAGAAGGUUUUGUUUUGUGCCAUUCUAUAGCAGGAGGUACAGGCUCUGGUAUGGGAUCUUUUAUGUUGGAAUCUCUUGCUGAUAGAUUUCCCAAAAAAUUAAUCGAGACAUACAGCGUUUUUCCAAAUCAGGAUGAAAUAAGUGAUGUUGUAGUACAACCAUAUAACUCGUUGUUAACUUUGAAGAGACUAACUCAAUGUGCAGAUUGUGUGGUAGUCUUAGAUAACACUGCUUUGAAUAGAAUUGCUUCAGACAGAUUACAUAUCCAGAAUCCGAGCUUCACACAGAUUAAUAAGCUUGUUUCAACAAUAAUGUCUGUCAGUACAACCACUCUGAGAUAUCCUUCGUACAUGAACAAUGAUUUAGUUGGUUUGAUUGCACCACUCAUACCAACUCCUCGCUUACAUUUUCUGAUGACUGGAUAUACUCCACUUACAACAGAUCAAGAGGGUGCAUCUGUGAGAAAAACAUCUGUCUUGGAUGUGAUGCGACGAUUGCUACAACCAAAAAAUAUGAUGGUUUCUACAGCAUUAGACAGAAACGCAUCUCAUUGUUAUAUAUCGAUUUUAAAUAUAAUUCAGGGUGAGGUAGAUCCGACACAAGUGCACAAAUCUUUACAAAGGAUCAGAGAACGAAAGCUUACUCAGUUUAUUCCUUGGGGUCCUGCUAGUAUACAAGUAGCUCUUUCAAGAAAAUCUCCUUAUAUACAAAGUACACAUCGCGUUUCUGGUUUAAUGUUAGCUAAUCAUACUAAUAUAUCAUCGCUGUUUGAUAGGGCCUUACAACAAUAUGACAAAUUGCGUAAACGUGAAGCAUUUUUGGAACAAUUCCGUAAAGAAAAAAUGUUCGAAGAUAAUCUUGAUGAAUUGGACAACUCGCGAGAGGUUGUAGAAUAUUUAGUGAAGGAAUAUCAGGCUGCGACUCGAGUUGAUUAUCUUAGUUGGAAUCCAAAUAAAGCAGACGUAUAAAAUAAUUAAUAAAUGCAAAUAAUUAAAUCUGUUUUGUAGCAGUUUUCAGUUUUUCAUUUUUUUUAUAUUUUAACUUUAUACUUUAUGAUUUACAGAAUAUUUUGUAAGAUACCAUGUCACCAAUAUUUAAUCUCCAAAAAAAAUUUUUUGUUGGUACAAGUAAUAGAAAUAGUUCCUAAAUUUCUAAAAUUAUAAAAUUUCUCUUUAAGAUGGUAACAAAACUAAUUUAUGAAUUUUAUUUAACUGGUACUUUAAAUGCACACUUAAGUGUACUUUAGUUUUGCAUUCUCCAAUCGUUCAUUUAUUUUCUUAAUCUAUAUUGUAAAUUUAUUUCUUUUUUUUUUAUUUGCGCGCAUAACUGGGAGAAAGAACAGUAAUUGUAAUAAAACAUAUAUGACCAGGAAAUAAAGAGCGUGAAAAAAC